AAUACUAGUAAGAAUAAGAAAAGAGACGAAAGGAUAAUUAAUCGUUUGUGGAAAGCUUAGAGAAUCUGAACUCUUGAGUCACUCCGCCACCAACUGCCGCACCACCGACAACACAAUUCUGUUAUCAACUUCUCAUCACUUUCUCAUGGCUGCCUGUGGUUUUGGGACUUCAACCCUUAAAGUUGCAAACUUGGAACGGGGCAUUGUUACACCCAAAUUCAUCAAUUUGCAGACUUUGUAUGGUUUGAAGGCCCCAAAAUAUGUGCCCUUUGAUGAUCUGGCAUUGUCAUACAAAUCAAACAAGGCUUUGAUGAUUGGGUGCCGGAGUUCGAAAUCCGAGGCUGGGCCUGAUUCCACUACAAAUUUGGAGGACAACCCUGAAGAAAGUCUGUCAUCUGAUGUGCCAAGCACAUACGUUCCCAAUCCGUUUGAGGUAGAAUCUCUUCUGACAGUUAUGUGUGACACAAAAUCAGUAAUGCAGUUUGAACUUAAACUUGGGGAGUUUCAAUUACAUGUGACUAGAGAAUCGGCUGAGCAGAGUGCUCCUCCACAAGCUCCAGUUCCUGCGCCAGUUGCUGCCCAAUCAGUUACUGAAACCCCUGCCUCUGAUAAUUCUGAACCGUCACCGCCUUUAGCCCUCACCAAAUCAUCAUCUUUCUCUGGAAGAGUUCAGACCUUGCUUGACAAGGCAGUGGAUGAAGGUUUGGCGAUACUUCAAUCUCCAAGGGUUGGAUACUUUAGGAGAUCUAGGACGAUUAAAGGGAAACGUGCUCCUCCAUCUUGCAAAGAGAAGGAUACAGUGAAGGAGGGUCAGGUGCUCUGCUACAUCGAACAACUAGGUGGUGAACUACCUGUUGAGUCCGACAUUUCUGGCGAGGUCGUUAAGAUACUUAAAGAAGAUGGCGGUUAGCAUCCUUCAGUAAACUCUAGGGCUUAUGUUUCGUGACCAAUGAGUUUCUUGGGGAAAAUCGGACUGGAAUCACCUCCAGGUAUCCCUAUAACGCUGGUCGGAUCACCGAGAGCUGCACCUUGAUUGGAUGGCCGAAGCUGUAAGUCCACCAGUUGUUCGAUUUUUAUAGCCCUUUCCUCUGCAUCAUGUCUCUAGUUUUAACCAUUACAUCUACAGUUUAGCAUUGCUGUUCAACUUAAGAGAUCUCAUAAAGCCUUUAAGAAGAUGGUUUUUCUUGAAUGUGAAGGAUACACGAAAAAGGAUCAAUUAAGCACAAAAUAAUAUAAAUACAUAUUGUGUUA